AGAUCUCUGAAAUAAUGCCAAAAAAAGAGGAUAACAAAAUUGGUCUCAUCGGAGCAACUUCGUAUAUUGUUGGCUCAAUUAUUGGAAGUGGUAUAUUUAUUGCUCCAAAAGGAAUAGUUGAACAUGCUGGAUCAGUGGGCUUAUCGCUUAUUAUUUGGGUAUUUUGUGCCUUAUUGAACAUGAUAACUGCAAUUAACUACAUAGAACUCGGCACAAGUAUCCCCGAAUCCGGAGCCGAUCUUGCAUACAUUGACUAUAUGGGUUGGACGCCGAUCGCUUUUUCCCUUCUUUGGCUUUCACUGCUCAUUCAGAGCUCUUCCUCGGCUGCAGUUUUGUAUUUAACAUUCGGAAAAUAUUUGGUGCAAGCCUUGGAGCCUAUCGUCUGUUUUACGAGCUCUGGCGCCGAUAAUUGUGCUAAACUUUUUGGGUUUGGGUUACUAUUAUUUCUCACCUUGACCAAUAUGUUUUCUCUGAACAAAUUCGCGGCAAGGGUGCAAAUAAUCUCCAUGUGCUCGAAGAUCUUUGCCACUUUGAUUAUCAUUGGCAUCGGAUUCUUCUUCAUUAUCUUCCGUGGUGCCACAUCACACUACAGGAGUUCGGAGAUCAUGAAGGGAAGUGACUGGAACGCUGGAGCCAUUGCACUGGCGAUCUAUCAAGGGAACUGGGCAUUCGGUGGCUUUACCACGCUCAAUUAUGGAACAGAGGAGAUUCAAAUUGAGAAUUUUCGGAAAACCCUCCCGCGAGCCUGUCUCGGUGGGCUUCUUAUCUCCGCAGUGAUCUAUGUGCUCGUCAACGUGUCCUACUUUGCAAUUCUUACACCUCAAGAGAUUAUCGACUCGUCCGCCGUCGCAACGACAUUUAUUCAAAGAACCGUGGGAAAUGGUCCAGCUUUUGCCGUACCUGCUGUGGUGGGCUUUUUGCUUGUUGGUACGCUUAAUGGAGACGUUUUUGGUUGGAGCAGGUAUAUGGUCGCCGGAUCACGUCGGAAGAUGAUGCCCACCUGCUUCAGUUUGAUACAUGUUGACAACGACAGUCCGCGGGUUUCUGUCUUUUUUCAUACCCUUACCUCAAUAAUCUUUGCAUUUAUGGGAGACACCGAUCAACUAGUGGAUUAUCUCACCGUAACAGGAAUGCUCACAACAAUUUUCGCACUUUUGGUCUUGGUUAUCAUAAAAUGGAAGAAAAUGCCAAUUGCAUCGGAUCCUGUGAAAUAUAGCAUUUUUUGGCCAAUUUUAAAUUUGGUAAUUAUGAUCGCUCUACUGGUAAUACCUAUUCAACAAGACCCCCUGUCAUCAAUUAUUGGAUUUUCCAUGUUUUUAGGCGGUGUUGUUGUCUACUUCAUUAUCAAGUUUGUAGUAUCCCAUACAGAAUUUCUAGGGGUUAUUGAUGAAAAGCUCACACAUCUGUGCCAAAUUCUAACAUGGACAAUAGUGGACUCGGGCCCCGAAGAGAAAACUCGGCUCUAGAAAUUUAAUUUACUUUUUUUUUUGAAAAAAUUGGUCCCCGACGGGUGUUGGGUUUAUUGGGGGGACAAACCUGCUUCAAUGAACCGUGAAAUUUUG